GCAUUUUACAAAAGUUGUUGCUAUAAUCUGGGGAUGGCCCAAUGGAUGGUUGGCAAGUCAAUCUCGAAAGACCAGUUGAAUCGUUUGCUUGAGCAUAAGUACCACUGUGAAGGAGAAAGCAUAUGUGACAACCUACUUAAGGACUUUUGGCGGACAUCUUCUCUGUAUAUACCGAGAUAUAUUGCUCCAAAUACUCUCACAUUACUUGGUUUUCUCGCCAAUGUAUUUGCUUUAUGCUUGCUUUUGUCUUAUGGGGUAUGCGAAUGUAUCAAUCACAUUUUUUAAGGCUUGUUUCUUCACCUCGUUGGUGUUUGUAGUGUGUGUAUUCGCGUAUCAAACUUUAGAUGCCUUAGAUGGCCUACAAGCUCGCCGUACAGGGUCGUGCUCUCAGCUUGGUGAACUGUUCGACCAUGGUUGUGAUGCUUUAUCCACAUGCAUCCUCCCCAUAAGUUAUUUCAUCAUCAUUGGUUUUGAUGACUGGCCUAUGUUGAUGUUCAUACAAUACUUCUGCAUCCAAGCUUUAUUUUAUGUAGCCCAUUGGCGGUGUUACGUCACGGGAGUUCUUGCAUUUGACCGAGUCGGAGUGACAGAGGGACUUUUAAUUGGAAUUUUAUUUGGGACGAUAUCUUCAAUAUUCGGUCCAUCUAUUUGGAGUAUAAAAGAUCCACUUCUCGGUUUGGAACUCAAGGUUGUUCAGUUCCUCGUGUUCUCUGUUGUCAUGUUUUUUCUGGCGGUUCAGUUCGCUGAUACUAUUUCUCAAGGUGGUUGUGGUAAAUACGGGACAACUGUUGCUAAUACUAGUGUGCUAUUUCCAGUUUGCCCUCUUACACUUGCACUUGGUUUUCCUGUUUUGGUUGCUAUUAAUUCUCCGGUAAAUCUUUAUCACCAAUCACCUUUUAUUUUCCUGUUGACGUUUGGGAUCGUUUCAGCAAAAGUUUCUCAACGUUUAGUGAUUGCUCAUAUGACUAAAAGUGCUAUCUAUUUGUUUGACGCGGUUAUGUUUGGGGCAGCUUUGUUAGUCAUUAAUCAAUAUUUUUCGUGUCCCUUGCCUGAAGUAUUAGUUCUAUGGAUAUCUUUGACAUUUGGAGCUGUGAAUAUCAUAUUAUAUGAUGCUGAUGUAUGCAUACAGUUGGCUGACUUUCUUAAUAUAUAUAUAUUCCGUAUUGGUCGACCAUCAUCUAUGCGUCACAAUAAUAAAAAUACACCCGUAAAGUCGUCAGUUCAAGACAACACUUACAAAAAUUCACUUCGUACACGAAAUAGUUCUCGUAAUUGAUAAUAGUUAAGAAAUUUUUUUACCAGGUACUUUGUAUUUCUGUUUUCCCCAAAAUUUACCAUUGGUACAUAUGAAUGUAUACAGUACAAAAUUAUACACAAAACACUUUCAUUUAAUUUUGACUCAUUCGAAUAUAUAUAUAUAUAUAUCUUUUUAUGUGUACAGUAAGAAGUAAUCGGAAUCUCAGUUUUGCUUAUUAUUCUCAGAACAUCGUGAUUCACGAAAUGAUUGAAUUGAAAGUCAGUUUCGUUUUUCGCUGUACAAAAGUUUCUAUUUAUGCGGUUGACAAAGUCCGCGUAGUUUGUAAUUUCCAUGGCUCAAGAUACGUAUGAACUUUUACAAUUGACUGCAUAAUUUCCACCUAUUUAUCUUUCCCUUUUUCUUUAUUACUUACUUUCCUUGUGUUUUGCGCGCCAUUUGUACCAGUCAAAUUAGUUUAUUUUUAUAAUUAUUUAUUUAUUUCUCUGAAAAUAAAGAUCCACAUUUACGAUUAUCUGUUUCCCAUUUGUCUUAAGAUUAUGUUGUAUAUGUGUAUACAUCAAAUCCAUUAUUAAUUCCUGUUAAAAUAGAAAAAAGAUAACAUGCCUGGUUUUCUUUAUACAUACCAGGUUUCAAUCUACGUAGCUUUCUGUUGUGAGUUUUUGUGUGUAUUUGUAGGCAUUGUUGAUUGUUGUACUUUUUUUCUUAGAUAUUUCCCAUAUCAUGAUUUACUUUUAUUGUCUG